UGCAGAAUAGCCGUUCGACAUCUUGCCCCUCGCAGCGAAGGGAGAGGAUUCCCCCCAACAGACGGACGGUUUGCUGUUCUGGGCUCAACAGACGUAAUCCGCCGGGGCGGGGAUGUGUCGGUUUCCCAGCGCAGGAGACGCCCUUCGGUCGGCUGUGGCAAGGACAGUGUUUUGGUGGCAGGCGCUGUGGGAAACGGAAAAGGAAAGCGAAUUCGAAAGCCGCGACUCAGCCACUCUCCGCCUGCAGGUAUUUUGACUUUUGUGCCUCAAAACUCAGACUUCUUUCCCACAGCCGUCUUGCACGGCCGCCCCCUCCCCCCAACCCCGUCAGCGAAAAUGUGGAGGGCUUGGAAGCGCGUGAUGCGGGACUUCCCGGUCCCGAAGUGAAGAGAAACAGCCCCGGACCUUGAUGCCAGCAAGAAGGAGUUACCCUCGGCAGGUGCAUACAGGGCCUGGUGACAGACGCAGAGGGACUCUAACCACCAACUCAGUUUAAGAGCAAGCCAAGAAUGAAGGUUUUCUAUCUCCCAGCCUUUUGGAAAUUUCGGUGGUCAGAUGCCAGGAAUGCAGAUGCAGAUGAGACAGCCAGUAUCAGGAACAGGGCCAAACCUGCUCCCUGGUGGAUACCCAGCAUAUUCUGACAAUUAUUCCUCAGCAGGAGACCCCAUGUGGACAUACUUCACUGCUGUUGCUGGACAGGAUGGUGAAGUGGAUGCUGAGGAACUUCAGAAAUGUUUGACACAGUCUGGAAUUAAUGGAGCUUAUUCUCCCUUCAGCUUGGAAACCUGCAGAAUUAUGAUCGCCAUGUUGGAUAGAGAUUACACAGGAAAAAUGGGAUUUAAUGAAUUCAAGGAACUCUGGGCAGCUCUUAAUGCUUGGAAGCAAAACUUCAUAACUAUUGAUCAAGACCAGAGUGGCACAGUGGAACAUCAUGAAUUGAAUCAAGCCAUUGCUGCUAUGGGUUAUAGGUUGAGUCCUCAAACACUAACUACUAUUGUCAGACGGUACAGCAAGAAUGGCCGAAUCUUCUUUGAUGAUUAUGUUGCUUGCUGUGUGAAGCUUCGAGCAUUGACAGAUUUCUUUAGGAGAAGAGACCACUUACAACAAGGAGUUGUGAAUUUCAUAUAUGAUGAUUUUUUGCAGGGUACUAUGGCGAUUUGAAUGUCUAGAAUUCAAAAGCUGAAGAAAUACUGUGAAUUUUUUUACCUGGAAGAAAUGAACUGGACUACUUUGAAUUUGAAGCUUUGGGGCUUCUCUGUGUUUCUACCUAUUAAAUCUGUUCCCUUUCUAUGUGUUUUAACUUUAGUGCAUAGUCCAAAGCAAUAAAAGAAAUGCUUUUGUAUUUGGAAUAUUAAUUGCUUUUAGAAAAGUUAUCACUUAACAGAUAUAUGUAUAAUAUUAUAAAAUAUUGGUAUAUGAUGAAUUGAUGUAAAUACCUUUUAAUUUUAAUUUUUAACAUUGUUAACCCAGAAGAAUGUACUUACAAGAGAGUAUAUAAGAAGCCAAAUAAUUAAAGUUUAGAUGAAGUUAAUGUAUACUUACCAGAAGGUUACAAAUUAUACUUUGAAAUUUUGUAGUCAUUUAUUGUGUAGGUGAAUAGAAGGAGAAGCCUGGAUUUUGUGCCAUUUUUUGUAGAAGAGUUUAUUCCUUGAUCACAUAACUCAAGAACAGAAACUCCCUUGUCUUUGUCUAUAAAGAGAGAAAGUUCCUAAAAUUUUAUGUUACAUCACCUUAAGUGCACCAUAAAUUAACCUAUAGAAAGAAGGCUACUGGAGGCAUUUUUUUUUCUUUGGUUUUGUCAGUACUUUUUUUUUUUUCAGUAUGCUUCUUUGUCUUCUGUGGAAAAAAUUUUUUAAUAAACACAACUUUUAUGGCUGCAUUUUUUUUGUUAAUGACAACAUAGCCUAAAAUGUCAUCUUCCUUUUAAAUCUAGACUUUCUGGAUAUGAUAGGUAUUUUUAACAAAAUGUCAACAUUUCAAUGUAUUCCAUGAAGCUAAAUUGUUUUAUAUAUAUAAUGCCAACUCUUUACAAAAUUAAAAAAUCAAGUAAUCUACCACUUCGUUUAAAUGUUCAGAGAUUGUAAGUUUGACUUUCUCAACUUUGGCUGGGGGUUUAUCAUUAGCAUUCAUAAACUGGUAAAUUGUUGUGGUCUAUAGUGUGGGGGGUACUGACCACAAUAGGCACCGGGACCUGUUUUUGUGGCAUUGUUGUGGAAAGCUGCAGAGUGGUCAUCAAAUCCUUAGCAUUUAAGAUCCCGGUGUCAGCUAUUGUAAUUAAUCCAGCUGCUUUCCUGGCAAACAUUCUAAAUCUUUCUUAGUGAAGAUUAAAAAAGCAUGUAUUUUUCUUACACUUUAACUGAAGGUCUUCCAGCUUAAAAUGUGAGUACAAAUUGACAUGAUUUUAAGUGUGGCUGGUGACCAAAUUAAUUAUGCUUUUUAUAAAAUUCUGUUUCUUAAAGGCUGGAAGGCGAAUAGCAGUGUCUUGAAAGAAAACUUUUUACAAACUCACAGAAUUUUAAAUCAACUUUUACUUUUAACAGUC